AUCACGACAUGUAUGGGCUUUAGUUUAUACAUAUUCAACCUUUUGUGCGAGUAUGAAUAGUACACAAUGUGUUGAGAGCAUUAAUGGUGUAUUAAAAGCUGAAAUUGGUGCACGAACAAUGCUUAUAAAAUUAGUAGAAAGCAUCAAAAAGCAGAUUGAAAAUAAAGCAAAACACCAACAUGAAUCUGAAUAUCAAAAUCAGCUCCUAUCUGUUGGUUUACCCACAAUUCACA